CGCGCCCGGCCCAUUGUCCGCCCGCCCGGGCACGGCCGGGGGCGGCCGCGGGCGAUGCUCCGGCCAGGGCUCCGUGCCCCCGCUCAGCCCACGCAGCGCUGCUGCGGGAGGAGGUGGCCCAGCUGCAGGAGGAGGUCCACCUGCUCCGGCAAAUGAAGGAAAUGCUGGCCAAGGACCUGGAGGAGACUCACGGCAGCAAAUCCCCGGAGGUGCUCUCGGCCACCGAGCUGAAGGUGCAGCUGGCGCAGAAGGAGCAGGAGCUGGCGCGUGCCAAGGAGGCUCUGCAGGCCAUGAAAGCCGACCGCAAGCGCUUGAAGGGGGAGAAGACAGACCUGGUGAGCCAGAUGCAGCAGCUGUACGCCACGCUGGAGAGCCGAGAGGAGCAGCUCCGGGACUUCAUCCGCAACUACGAACAGCACAGGAAAGAGAGCGAGGACGCGGUGAAAGCCCUGGCCAAGGAGAAGGACCUCCUGGAGCGGGAGAAGUGGGAGCUGCGGCGGCAGGCCAAGGAAGCCACGGACCACGCCAGCGCCCUCCGCUCCCAGCUCGACCUGAAGGACAACCGCAUGAAGGAGCUGGAGGCCGAGCUGGCCAUGGCCAAGCAGUCCCUGGCUACGCUGACCAAGGACGUUCCCAAGCGCCAUUCCCUGGCCAUGCCGGGCGAGACGGUGCUGAACGGGAACCAGGAGUGGGUGAUGCAGGCUGACCUCCCGCUGACCGCCGCCAUCCGGCAGAGCCAGCAGACCCUCUACCACUCCCACCCCCAGCACUCUGCGGACCGGCAAGCGGUCAGAGUGAGCCCCUGCCAUUCCCGGCAGCCGUCCAUCAUCUCCGACGCCUCCGCGGCCGAGGGCGACCGCUCGUCCACACCGAGUGACAUCAACUCGCCCCGGCAUCGAACGCACUCGCUCUGCAAUGGGGACAGUCCUGGACCGGUACAGAAGAACUUGCACAAUCCAAUCGUACAGUCUCUAGAAGACCUGGAAGACCAAAAACGGAAAAAGAAGAAAGAGAAGAUGGGUUUUGGCUCCAUCUCCAGGGUGUUUGCACGGGGGAAGCAGCGCAAGUCCCUCGAUCCCGGUCUCUUCGACGGGACGGCCCCCGACUAUUACAUCGAGGAGGACGCGGACUGGUGACGGCACCGGAGCCUCUCCCGGCCCUGCACAUGUACAUAUCCCAUAUUCCAUAUCCCACACCCCGUCCCACCUGUGGACGUGUUACCUGUUGUCUUGGGAGCGAUGCAGCCGUGUCGUAACUUCAGUUUUUUUUCCUCUUUUUUCCACAGUUUGGUUUUUUUUUUGGUUUUUUUUCUAUCCCGGUAACUCCUUUGUUGUCGCUUCAGUUUGUCAGUUUGGGCUGGGUUUUUUUUUUUCUUGUUUUGGGAGGGUUUUUUGUUGUUUUUUUCUUGUUCUUUUGACAAAACUUGAAACUUGAAGGACUGCUGUGUCUCUGUAAAUAUGAGAAAUAUUGUGCACUUUGUGCUUGUGACGUCUCUUGUCCGAAACCCGCUGUUUUCCGGAGCCCAGCCCGCGGGAUGUCCUCUCUUGGGGACAAAGGACCUGCCCAGCUGAGGGAUCUCAGAGAGAAAACACACAAAAACAACAACAAGAAAAUCUCCUUCGCUGUGAUGUCUUCCUGGCCGAGCCCCGCGGAGGCGACCCGGGCUGGUUGUUACGCCUGCCGGUCUGGAAAUAAGUGUUUUAACGUUCCUUUUUAGUUGUUUUAAUUUAUUUGCACAAACCCAGAGGAGCUAUUCUAACUAAAUUAUUGCAGAAGUUUUGGGAUUUUUAUAUUUUUCCACGUCGGUUGGGAUGGGGCGGGGAGGAGGAAGGGGGUGUUUGUACUGUACUGUCCUGGGAAGUUGCUGUUGGGGGGGAUUGGGGCUGUGGACCCCCCAGCCCGGGCUCCCUCAGCUGCCCCAGAAGCACUUAACGCCUUGGAAAACGCAAACCUGAACACGUGCCGGGAAAUCAGACAGGGGCAAGCAAGUGGAAGCUUUGCCCACUGUUCUUCCCUGCUUUUUGGGGGGGCUCACCCUUUGCUUCAAGUAAAAUUUAGGGGGAUCCGGCACGAGCUGGGAGCGGGGGAAAGGUGAUAUCCUGAGAUAUCCCCUAUCCCAAGACACUGCCCAGUAGGGCCGGCCACCCCGCCCCAGUGUGGGGUGUCACUGCCGUCAGAGGGGGCUGGGGAAAUCGGUACGAGUCCCCACCAGGGAGGUUUUUCUGGCUCUGGGGUGAUUUGGAAGCACAGGUGGAGCUUGUUUUUCCAAAUCCCUCGGAAAUGCCCCCAAUCCACCCCCCCGGCGCGGCGGCCGCUUCCCCUCCCCACUAACACGUGCCGCGCUCUGCUUAUGCCAAGAUAAGUACCUUAUGCUUUAAUGCUUACAAUAUAAUUUUAAGCUCUUAAAAAAAAAAAAAUGUAUUAAGAUUUAUUUAAUGAACUAUAAUAGUGUAUUAUUUUUCUUAAUUGCGAUACGUGCGCCCUGGUUGAACAGAAAAAGGGUAUUUUGUCUUAAAUCACCGAAAUAAACCGAUGCCCUCGCGCUGUGUAUCCAUUCCAAGGGAUGAUGCAGAGAGGCCAUGGAGGGGGUGACAGAGGGACCAGCCCCCCUGGGCUCUCCUGGGGUGGCAGGGCAGGCUUUGCCCCAUGGCAUCUUUUCUCUGCAGAGAAGCAUUUUUAUACAUUUUUGUUGUUUUUUGGGGUUUGUUUUAGUUUGGUUUUUGUUUUGGUUUUUUUUUUUGUUCUCCUUGCAUUUUUAUAAUUUAAACUCUAAACCACCAGAACAGAUGAGAGAUCUCCUUGUUAUCGAGUAAUUUCCUUUGCAUUUCAGCUUUUUUGUAAAUUAGGAAGUAAUUCUAAAAAUUACUAAGAGGAUGAUUUAUUUAAAAGAGAACUUUGCUAAAUAGCAUAUGAAUUAUGGGUAACAUUAGAUUUAACUUUUCCCCCUGUGAGCGGGGGAGAAUUCUUGAAGGCAUGGAUGCAAAUAUAAAAUUAUAAAAGAUCUAAAUAAAGCUUAUUUUAAAGUA